CCCUGCAGAGCUGCCGGGACAGUCUCCAGACCCGACUGAUGGAGGAGGUGCGGGAGGGACACGGCGGGAUGGAGGCCGAGGAGCCCGCGAGCCCCCAGGAGCCGCCCUCGCCCCCUUCGCUGCCUUCACCGACGUCGCCGCCGCCACCUGCUGCUCCCGAGAGCCCCGGGUUGUCCCCGCUAGAGCAGCCGUCGGAGGCCCACGCGCGGCAGCUGCUGCUGGAGGAGUGGGGGCCGCCGGGCGGGAGCCUGGAGCUGCCGCCGGGCAUCACCUGGAAGCUGCUCCUCCUGCGGCGGCCCCUCUACCGCAACCUGCUGCGCUCGCCCAACCCCGAAGGCAUCAACAUUUAUGAGCCAGCGCCCCCUACUGGCCCCACACAGCAGCCCCUGGAGUCUCUGGGCAACUUCCGGGGGUGGUACAUCAGGACUGAGCAGCUCCAGCACAACUGCAGCUGGACGGUGAAGCAUCAGUGUGUGGAUCUGCUGGCUGAGGGCCUGUGGGAGGAGCUGCUGGAUGACGAGCAGCCAGACAUCACAGUCAUGGACUGGUUUGAGGACAGCCGGCUGGACACGUGCGUCUAUGAGCUGCACGUCUGGCUGCUGGCAGCUGACCGCCACACCAUCAUUGCCCAGCACCAUGUGGCCCCCCGGACAUCGGGGAGGGGUCCUCCGGGCCACUGGGUCCAGGUGUCCCACGUAUUCCGCCAGUACGGCCCUGGGGUGCGCUUCGUACACUUCCUGCACAAGACCAAGAACCGCCAGGAGCCGGGUGGGCUGCUGCGGACCAGGGUGACUGACUCUUCCGUGUCGGUGCAGUUCAGGGAGUGACUGGCUGGUGCCGGGUCGUGCUGACCCCUGGUCUCAUCUCUCUACGCCUUGUCACCUCCCUGACCCUUGAAACCUCCCUGACACUGUCACUCCCUGACCCUUGGAACCUCCCUGACCCUUAGCUGUUCCUAACCCAGAGCACCUCACUGACCCUUCAGCAUCACCCUGUUCCCUUAGCACCUCCCUGAUGCUCAGCGUCCCCUCCACCACCCCUAAUGCCUUCAGGACCCCUCAGCCUCUCCCUGGUUGCUCACCGCCUCCUGGGCCUGGGCCCCUGGACCCUGCCUGGUCCUUGGCUUCUCACUGGACAUCUUCCCACCCUGAGUGUCUGACUCCAGCUUUUCCCCUGUGUGCUCUGGGCUCCGGGAGCGCAGGAGCAUGCACUCAGUAAAUCCUUGUUCACUAACAAAUAAACACAGGUGCCCAAGGA